UGGAUGAUCAGCCACGAUCACAGUGAAUGGCGGUGCUGGCACGAAGGGCCGAAUGGCCUACUCCUGCACCUAUUGUCUAUUGUCUAUCUCCCUUCAAGAAAUUGUAUCGCAAUUAUACUGUUAUUUCGUCUGGCCGAUCUCUUAAUAAUGUAAUCAUGCAUUAAUGGCUAUAUAUUACCAUUAAGGUGCAAUGUCAUCAUAACCGUAACAUCGCUAUAGAGAGUAAAAUCAUCAUUACUACAGGUUAGAUAAAGUGUCAUCCCCUUAUCCAUAACGCAGACACACCAGUAUUAUCAUACAACAGAAAUUGUUGCGUGCCAAUGAUACCCUCCGUGUCUGCUAUAGUUGUGGAAGUUACCUCCGAGAUCGCUGCUGAAUCGUUAUGAACAUAUUACUCUACAUUGCUAUUUCCAUUGCGGCCAAGAAGAGUAGUAAAGUGUGCGGACGGCGGAUUUUCUGGCAGGAUAGAGAUUAGGGGAUGGGCGAGCCCGCUGACCCAGCGAUGUCAAGGAGACAGAAGGCGUCACAUUGCCCCGGCACACAGCGGUUCACGUCAAGGGAAACCCAGGCAAUCAGGAAGACAGCAACACAAAGUGGGAGAACCAUGUGUGAACUUGCAGGAAAAGGGAGAACCAGCUCAUCGCAGGGGGGAGACGGCUGAAGAAAUCGCCACUACUCGGGAGUUAACUUGGACCACGUCUGUGCAAAUAAAUAAAGUACAAUUAUGAGCAGAUUUUGGAACCAACUGAAGGCUGGGAGCUCUGAAGUGGAUUGGUGUGAAGGGAAUUACAUGAUCGUCUCAAACAUUGCUGAAUUUUACAACACGAUUAGCAAUGUUCUAUUUUUCGUGUUGCCACCUAUAUGCAUGUAUUUAUUUCGGCAGUAUGCAACAUGCUUCAACAGUGGAAUAUAUCUAAUUUGGACUUUGCUUGUUGUUGUAGGUAUAGGGUCAGUUUAUUUUCAUGCAACCUUGAGCUUCCUUGGCCAAAUGCUGGAUGAACUGGCGAUUCUUUGGGUUUUAAUGUGUGCCUUGGCCAUGUGGUUUCCCAGACGAUAUCUACCACGCAUCUUUCGACGAGACAGGAGUCGAUUUAAGGCUGCUGUUGGCAUUCUAUCCGGUGUGACCACGUGUCUUGCAUUCGUGAAGCCAGCAAUCAAUAACAUUUCAUUGAUGACUCUGGGAAUCCCUUGUACAGCUCUGCUUAUUGCUGAACUAAAAAGGUGUGAAAAUAUACGAGUAUACAAGCUGGGUCUCCUGGCAGGCUUUUGGUGGGCUUUAGCACUACUCUGCUGGAUCAGCGAUAAUCUUUUCUGUGAGCUCUGGUCUGCAUUCAACUUUCCAUAUCUACAUUGUGGCUGGCACAUCUUGAUCUGUCUUGCUGCCUAUCUGGGUUGUGUUUGCUUUGCCUACUUUGACGCCGUCUCAGAAAUCCCAGAGCAGGGCCCAGUUAUCAAGUUCUGGCCCAGUGAGAAGUGGGCCUUCAUUGGUGUUCCAUACGUUUCACUACUUUUUGCAGAGAAUAAGUCUCAACUGAAAGUUACUUAAGAGCACUGUUUUCCAUACAUUGUUUUGAUUCCGAGCUUGGGAAAGCUUUAUUUCAUGAGGCAGAGGUGUCUCCCAAAUUUCUGGAUAUAUGUACUUUGCACCUUAGAUCCAUAAUAACACUAAAUCUCUCAUGAGAGCAAAAUUUGUUAGAAUUUGAAAAUGUACAUUUGAUUAAUUCACGACCAUUGGACCAGAUUCAGACCCACAUAAAAUUUGUUGUGCCAUCUCAGUUAAACGAUUUCAGCUUCCAGCUGGUGUUAACUGCGGUUAAGAGCUCAACUACAGGAGUGACCAGUUCAAAUUACCUUGCAUUGAUCCUGCAACUCUGAAAGGGAAUAAGCAUUGGGCUGGAGAAGGUGAUAGAUCUCAUUCUAAAAGUUGGUAGCUUGUUGAAAGAGAUGGCAGUAUACUAGCAAGAGGGGGUACCUAGGUUUUCAGAUGCAGCACUUUAAGCCUCGGACAAUGAGGAGAGAAGGAACAAGCUCCUGAAGCUGGAAUGGUUUUAUGUCGAUGCAAGUUCUGUAGCCAAACAGACAAGAAAACAGAGCCACAGGAUUUCAGAGAUCUUUUAGCCAAGAUCACUACAUGCAUCUUCAAAAGCCCACCAACAGUGCCAUCGUCUGGCCUGACAGGAACACACUUAUAAUGUCAAGCAAGAUUCAAACUGCUGGUGGAACACAGCAAGUCAGGUAGCAUCUGUGGAGGAACUGGACAGGCAACAUAUCAGGUCGUUACCCUUCUGACAUUUACCCUGAUGACAUUUUGGAUUGGGACUCUUCUUCAGACCGCAGACUGGGUCUCCAUACAACAUCAAACUCUGUGAAGGAGUCCAGCCACAGGUUUGCAUGGGGUCUUGCAUGGAGCCAUAGGACCUCACCUUUCCAAUAUGAAUGUGAUGGCUAGCUCCAGUUUGACAGAACAUCUCAACUUCCAUUGCAGUACAGCUGUCAUCUGGCACAGACGCUUAGAUUGCUGCCAUCACUGCUGCAAGUGUCAUUGUUCAAAAUGCCUCUCAAAAAAUUGCUGACGGUGAUGGCCACAACUUUCACAUUGGAAAGGGCAAAUUCCAGGCUCUCUAUGAAGCCCUAUGCCAUGUGAUCCCCUCAAAGCACCGUGACAUUGAAAUCACUCUUUCUGGCACACUUUGUAAAGCUCAAUAUUUCACUCUGUAUGCCCAUCAGCCUCUAUCCACAGACUGUCUCUUCAUCUGAUCCUUCUGCAAUAGAACUUGCUUGUGACCUUGAAUUUAAAGCAAUUGCACUAUUCCCUUUUUUGUCCUGUCCUUGAAAAGGUGACCUUGCCUCUAUGCCAUCCUUUAAACUCCUCUGCCUUUCUCUAUCCAAUUGCCUUUGGUAUGGGGGCAGUGACCUUCCCUGGAGUACAGAUCAACAAAGUAUUGGUGACACAACACAAGGAAUAGUCUAUGUUAGUUUACAUAAAAGGCACAAAGUGCUGAAGUAACUCUGCGGGUCAGGCAGCAUCUCCGGAGAACAUGAAUAGACGAUGUUUUGGGUUGGGACAUUCUUCAGAUCUUUUGUGAUGUUUGUUUUGGUGAUGUCCAUUUCUUAUUCAAGUUAUUCAUGUGUGAGAUUUGGCAUUGAAGGAUGGCAGGCUUUUGACUAGGGCAGAGGAGAACUCAUUGUGCUAACAUUGUAUAUCUCUAACCCGUGGCAACAUCAUAUGGAAAACAAAACAAAAUAUUUAUUUAUAUAGCAUCUUUAAUGAUCCUGGAACACCACAAAAUGCAAAGCAAACAAUUAUUGAAUUGUAGAACACCAUUACAGAAUCACAACAUUGAAUCUAAUGGCAGGCCAUCGAAAGGUUAUCCACUAAUUACCACAUUUUUGUUCCUUAUCUCAAGUAUUUGCACAAUUUUCUGUUAUAAGAUAGUAUUCAAUCUGUUUUCCCUCUUACAGACAGUACUUUCCAGCUCAUAAUAGUUCAGUGCAUAUAAUCGUGUUUCAGCUAUCACUCCUCUACUUCAUCAAUCUGUCCAUUUCCCCCCCAAGAUGUUGCCCAGUCGCUGUUUCUCCAGCAGUUUAUUUUUUGCAUAAAGUAAUUUCUUCUUAAUUCUCUUCCUGUUGUAAUGUAUAAAUGUGGCUGCCAAUUUUCACAAGGCAGACCCCCACAGAGAGCUGAAAGUCAAUAACUGAAGUUCAAAGUAAACUUUCAAAGUUCAAAGUAAACUUUAUUGUCAAUUCAAAUAAAUUGGAUUGAAAUUGCGUUUCCCCAUACUCCAAAUGUGCAAGUAAUAUUUAUAACACAGACAGACAAUAUACCAAUAAGAAUAGACAAUAUACAUUAUUUAAAAUAUUCACAGUGUGCCAGAAUGUAGUAAAAUUUUGAGGUAUGUUAUUAAGGUGCAAUAAUAAAAGGUGCAAUAUAGAAAAGUGCAAAUAGCAUACUGCAGACAUUGAGUUAAAGUUAUUUUGACAGACAGUUGGUCUUUGUUUGUGUAAUGUUCAUGGAAUUUUCUUGAGUGUGUUGAGUAGUCUGAUGGCCUGAGGUAAAAAGCUGUUUUUGAAUCUGGUGGUUUUGCUCCGCAUGCUGCGGUAGCGCUUGCCAGAUGGUAGGAGAGUGAACAGUUUGUGUGCUGGGUGGGUGGUGUCUUUGAUGAUAUUGGUUGCUCUCUUGCGACAGCGAGAUGGGUAUAAGUCCUGGAUUGCAGGUUGGGGAGAUCUGGUGAUCUUCUCCGCUGUCCUCACCACUCUCUGUAGUGCCUUCUGGUCAGCAGCAGAGCAACUGCCAUACCAGACUGAGAGACUGCUGGUAAGAAUGCUCUCAAUGGCAUCCCUGUAAAAAGUGGUGAGGGCAGAAGGGGGGGACAUUUACUUCCUAAAAUGAUGGGAGACAUCAGCAAAUGAUCCUGCUCUUCCUUGAAUAGUUCUUUUGGGAAUUUUAUAUCUUGAUCAGAGAAGAGGUGAGGCCUUGGUUUAGCAUUUCAUCCAAAAGUUAUACUCCUUCAGUUCUGCAUUGAAAUAUGAGCAUAGAUUUAUGUACUCAGGGGUUGUGAGGGGACCUGAACCCACCAAUUUCUGCCUCAAGAGGUGAGACAAUGAAUCCAAUAGGCCAUGUUUCACAUAUACAUGUUCCUUUACUUUUCUUCCUCCAUAAUCCUCCAAUCUGUUUAUUACUUUCUUAAUAUUUAUAAAUAGAACUAUACUAAGUGGGACCCGUUGAGUCCCAGCAUCACACGGGAGGGCUGGUCACCAACGCAAUA